AGUGCAUUUCACGUGGUUUAUUUUUCUUCCUCUGAAGUAAAGGAUGGCAGAAACAGAAGAAGUUAAUCCAGUGUUUUUGCAGCAACUGAUGGAGCUAGGCAUCUCUGAAGAUAAAGCCAAGGAGGCUCUGAUUAAAACUGGGAAUCAGUCCAGUGAUUCUGCUGCUCUGUUUUACUUCAGUGAACUUGAAAUGUUUUCUGGAUUUGAGGUUGGUGGAUCUGUGAAUGAUGUAUAUAAGAUGGUGUUUGUUGUGAACAUGGAAUUGACCAUGGGAGUUGGAAAGGUUGCAGCGCAGGUGGCCCAUGCUGCUGUUGGUCUGUAUCAGGUGAUGUUGGAGGAGUCCCACAACUUGCGACAGAUGUUGACAACAUGGGACAAUGAUGGAGGUAAGAAGAUAGUAUUGAGAGGGCAGAGCACUGAACACAUCUUAGAGCUUCAAGAACAGGCUUGUCAACUGAAGCUGCCAAACUUUCUUGUACAGGAUGCUGGAAAAACCCAGAUUGCUGCUGGAUCACGCACAGUCUUGGCAAUCAUGGGUGAGGAGAAGCUGGUCAAUCAGGUUACUGGAAGUCUUCAGCUCUUGUGACACAAACAACUAAUAUUGGCUUUUACAGAAGAGUUGACUGUUUGAGGCAGUAAUAAAUGAAAACAACUAUGAUAUGCACUGGAAACCUGCUUGGUAAAUGGAUAUACCAAAUUCAUGACAUCACAUAAUUGUAUUGCUGAUUUAAAAUUAAUUUUAUUAACUGCUGUGUUUGCUUCAAAGUUUAAAGGUUAAAAUGCUGCCUUCCAAACAACAUAACCUUUAGUUCAAAGAUGAUCUCAUGUGUGGCAUCAGUAUUCGACUUCUGGAUGGAAUGCCUCAAGUCAUCAUAUUUAUAAGUGAGGAAGAAGCAACUGACCAGUGAAUGAAUUGGCUUUGUCAAAUCAAAAGCAGUAAAUUAAUGACUUAGUUUUCCACUAAUUUUGGAGACAUUGGGAUCAGUAUCCCGGAUCCAUUCAUGCUUGACCUGGAUGACUUAGGUUAACAUACUAAGGAUCCUUGAAGAGGCGAGUAGCAUGAACGAUGACCCAAAUGAACUAUUUCUCUCAAAAUGUGAGCACUCUGUAUAAAUUCUGUUAAUGUGUACUGUACACUCUGCUUCAAUUGUUCUACAAAUUGUCUGGUAGUUAUACCAUUCAGGACAGGUAUGUCUUAGAAAUUUCACAUUCUGUUCAGACCGGUCUUCAGUGAGAUUGGUGCAGAACUGAGCAUGUGUAUCAGAUACUAUAUUAGAAUCCAGCAGUUGGUAUUUACAAGUUGAUAAAUACGACUUUGUAUUUGAUUUCUACUUUUUGAAGAACUAGAAGUUACAUAUUAAAUUUCUAAACGGU